AUCGAAAACGACGUCGAAUCUAUAGCCAGAAAAGUAUUCUUCUCUCUAAUUCUUGCCCAGAAAAGCUAAACUCAUCCUUAGCCAAUCAACCAACCCAGAUAUUUACGCGCCAAAACCAUUUCCGUGGCCCAAACUCUCUCUCUCAGCUUGAGCUUGAGCUUGAGCUUGAGUCUCAUGGCCAGCACGGGCGCCUCCUUCGCUCCCCACUUAAUCGGCUCCACCGAAAGUUCCAGAGCCCUCCGAACCGGAGCUCCAUUCUCCGCCCGGAUCUCCACCGGCGGCAACAACCACCUCGCCACCACUCGCGACGACCUCGCCGCCGGCCCCUACUGCAUCUACGUCGGCCCUAUCGAAACCGCCAGCAAAGAAACCCUCGAAGCCCUCUACCGUCAAGCACGUGAUGCGUACUACAGUGGCGACCCUUUGAUAGUUGAUGACAUGUUUGAUAGAGUAGAGUUGAAAUUGAGAUGGUAUGGUUCGAAAUGCGUUGUGAAAUACCCCCGGUGCAGUCUGCGGAGACAGUCGGCUUACGCUGAUGCUGAGGCAGACGUAUCACAGGUUUUUGCAUUAGCGAGCAUAUGGAUACUCUUUCUUGCGUUUGGCAGUGCAUCGUGUCUCAUGCCCAUAAUAUACACUGUUGGCCUUGCUUAUCAUGAUGCAUUCAGUCCAGGACUUAGUUAUGUAAAUCAAGCAGCUGCUUUUUCCAUGCUGAAUGGUGUUCUCUUUAUGACAUUCGGUUCUGUCAUUGGUUACCCAAUUGCAGCUGCUUCGGUUAAGGUACUUGAAGGACUAUGGAGGAACGACUUGAUGGCACUGAAAGGGGCGUGCCCGAACUGUGGGGAGGAGGUGUUUGCAUUUGUGAAAACAGAUCAGUCUAAUAACUCCCCACAUAGAGCAAAUUGUCAUGUAUGUGAAUGCUUGCUAGAAUUCCGCACCAAGGCUGAGAAAUCCCUUUCGCCUCUGGGUAGAAGAUGGGUUUAUGGACGUAUCUAUCUGGUUUCAAGAAAAGGUCGAGGUCGACUUCAAAGAAGGGAUUAAUGUAUACAUUAUAAAGCUCAUGUACAGUAGAGCAAUUUUUUCCUGCUCCUUUUGUCCAAUUGUAAUAAACUUAAACUCAAUCUUACCUUUGUAGGAGCAAUUCAUAAAUACCAGAACAGGAAUAGGAUUGUAGGAUCAUUCUAUAGAUUGUUAUUCUUGUGCCAUGGAAAUGCAUUCUUAGAAGUUUAACUAUUAGAAUUGUCCGGACACUUGCUGUUACUUUUGAUGCAUUCUGAUAUGAGCACUUUGUGAAAUGAGAGCAUCCCUUUGAUGUUCUCUUAUCAUCAA